GAACGAAACUCAAGGUACAGAGGGCUGUGCCCGGGAGUUCAAGUGAAAGAGCAAGCCCUCAGGAGUGUCCAACAUCUGUACCACACGAGGCGUCCACUCCUGCCAGGAGUGUCUGGCUGUGAGUCCUGUGUGUGCCUGGUGCUCAGAUGAGUGCUGGCUAAAUGUGCUGGACGGCAGAGCAAGAAGGAGGCGAAAACACCAUGUCACCUAACCCCCUCAUCCAACAGGCCCUCCCUCUGGGCUCCACCCGCUGUGACCUGAAAGAAAAUCUGCUGAAGAAUAACUGUGACUUGGAGUCCAUCGAGUUCCCCAUCAGUGAGGCCCGCAUCUUGGAGGCCAGGCCCCUCAGCGACAAGGGCUCUGAAGACAGCUCCCAGAUUACUCAAGUCAGUCCCCAGAGGAUUGCGCUCCGGCUACGGCCAGAUGAUUCGAAGAAUUUCUCCAUCCAAGUCCGGCAGGUGGAGGAUUACCCUGUGGACAUCUACUACUUGAUGGACUUGUCUUACUCAAUGAAGGAUGAUCUGAGGAUGAUCCAGGACCUGGGCACCAAUCUGGCCUCCCAGAUGCGCAAGCUUACCAGUAACUUGCGGAUUGGCUUUGGGGCUUUUGUGGACAAACCCAUGUCACCAUACAUGUACAUCUCCCCACCAGUGGCCAUUGAAAACCCCUGCUAUGAAAUAAGGAACGUCUGUUUGCCUAUGUUUGGCUACAAACAUGUGCUGACGCUAACUGACCAGGUGGCCCGCUUCAAUGAGGAAGUGAGGAAGCAGAAUGUGUCACGGAACCGAGAUGCCCCAGAGGGUGGCUUUGAUGCCAUCAUGCAGGCCACCGUCUGUGACGAGAAGAUUGGCUGGAGGAAUGAUGCCUCUCACCUGCUGGUGUUUACCACUGAUGCCACGACCCAUAUUGCGCUGGAUGGAAGGCUGGCAGGCAUUGUCCAGCCCAAUGAUGGGCAGUGUCACAUGGGCAGUGACAACCAUUACGCUGCCUCCACUACCAUGGGUGCAGGGCUUCUUUCAGCCUGUCCUCCCGCUGCCUCCCAUACCAACUGGACACCCUCAUCCCUGGGACGGCCUGCGCAGCCAUUAGAAGUUGUCCUGGCUGUGGUCACUGUCGCCACUACCUCCCCUGCCUCCAGCAGCAGCAGCCGCAUGGCAUCCGGAAUGGACCCAGAGGACUUUUGCGGGUCUAGCUGGAAAGUGAGCUUCAGCAUUGAGGCCAAGGUGCGAGGCUGCCCGCAGGAGACGGAGAAGUCCUUCACCAUCAAGCCUGUAGGCUUCAAAGACAGCCUCACCGUCCAGGUCACCUUCGACUGUCACUGCGGCUGCCAGGCCCAUGCCGAGCCUUACAGCCGCCGCUGCAACAAUGGCAACGGGACCUUCGAGUGCGGGGUGUGCCGCUGCGGGCCCGGCUGGCUGGGGGCCCAGUGCGAGUGCUCCGAAGAGGACUACCAUCCGUCCCAGCAGGACGAGUGCAGCCCCCGGGAGGGCCAGCCCGUCUGCAGCCAGCGGGGCGAGUGCCUGUGUGGCCAGUGCGUCUGCCACACCAGCGACUUUGGCAAGAUCACGGGCAAGUACUGCGAGUGUGAUGACUUCUCCUGCGUCCGCUACAAGGGGGAGAUGUGCUCGGGUCAUGGCCAGUGCAGCUGUGGCGACUGCCUGUGUGACUCCGACUGGACUGGCUACUACUGCAACUGUACCACGCGCACCGACACCUGCAUGUCCAGCAAUGGGCUGCUGUGCAGUGGCCGGGGCAAGUGUGAGUGCGGCAGCUGUGUGUGCAUCCAGCCCGGCUCCUACGGGGACACCUGCGAGAAGUGCCCCACCUGCCCCGAUGCCUGCACCUUUAAGAAGGAGUGUGUGGAGUGUAAGAAAUUUGACCGAGGAACCCUACAUGAGGAAAAUACCUGCAACCGUUACUGUCGUGAUGAGAUCGAGUCCGUGAAGGAGCUCAAGGAUACUGGCAAGAAUGCGGUGAACUGUACAUACAAGAAUGAAGAUGACUGUGUUGUCAGAUUCCAGUACUAUGAAGACUCCAGUGGAAAGUCCAUUCUCUAUGUGGUAGAAGAGCCAGAGUGUCCCAAGGGUCCUGACAUCCUGGUGGUCCUGCUCUCGGUGAUGGGGGCCAUUUUGCUCAUCGGCCUCGCUACUCUGCUCAUCUGGAAGCUCCUCAUCACCAUCCACGACCGGAAGGAGUUUGCUAAGUUUGAGGAGGAGCGAGCCAGAGCAAAAUGGGACACAGCCAACAACCCACUUUAUAAAGAGGCCACAUCCACCUUCACCAACAUCACCUACCGGGGCACUGACUGACAAGCAGUCAUCCUCAGUUCACUGUCAGGCCGUCCCAGAGUCGUGGACAUCUCUGCUGUCGUGUUUACAGGGAAUGAUAUCUGGGGGGCAGGACUGGGGGCGUGGAGUGGGGUGGGUUAGAAGAACGGCAGCAUGUGGAGGUGUGGGUCUCUGUGUGUGUGUACGUGUGAGUGUGCUGUGUGUGGGGGAGUGUGUAAUUUAAAACUUGUGGCGUGUCCCAGGUCAGUGGAGCUCCUCAGCCUCUGUCCACAGAGCGCCUCCCUCAGGGGUCUUCCUGCUUCACCUGAGGGUGACCCACGAAGCUGAGCAGGUAUUCUUCAUUACCUCAGUGAGAAGCCAACUUUCCUUUUCCCGCCAUUUUUCCUGAAGAGAAGGGCAGGACUGAGCCUCUCAUUCCAGAGGAAGGAGACCUGACUCUACCUUGAGUUUAUGGUUCUUGGGUCUGACUCUCAGCAGCUCUGAUAACAAAUGCGGGGCUUUGCAGCCCUGUUGUGUCAUCUGGACGUUUAUCUCCUUUGCCUUCCCUCAGGCUGAAGGAGAAGUCAGAGGCAAGCUGAGCCGUCAGAGUUGCCUGUGUCUUUUGCUAUCACCUCAGUGCAGUAUGGUUCUCUCAUAAGGGGAGCCCUUGCCAGCAAUUCUGUUGGGAGUGAGGAUGGUAGGGCCACUCAGGGGUCAUGCAUGGCCUGAAUGAAUGUGCCAGGGUCCCCCGGUUCAUAAUCAUGGCCCUUCAGAUUUGUCUCCUUGGCAGCUCCACCCCAGAAGUUCAAUUGGAGGAAGUGUGUUCCCCGUAGGCCAGCAUCACCUCUUUGCCCUCGACGGCCACACUCUCACUGCUGUAGACAGUUGCUACAUCCUGGGAAUUUCUUUCAUGACUAAAUGCUUUUCCUCCCAGGGAGAGUGCUGUGACUAGACCCAGAGAUCCGGCCCCAGCCUUUAGACCCCCUGCCCCUUGUCCAAGGCACCUCCUGGCCCCCACCCCAUCUGGUGCUUCUGUGUGCUGCAUCCACCCAUGGGGCUGAUUGCACUUAUCUACCUCGUGGCAGUCUUGUGAAGGAAGCAGUCCCAUGGGUGUCCGAGUCUGCUGGGCCUAUGUGCCGCUUUGGGAACGAUGGGCCAGUUGUAUCAGCACGUGUGGCCUGUUCUCCUGUGGGCUGGGCAACCUCGUUUUCACUCAGUCUUUAAUCUGAGAGGCCACAAGUGCAAUUUUAUUUUAUUUUUUCUCAUCGGGUCUCCUGAAACGAUGAUGACGCUUGCUUAAUCUAAAGGAACAUAUAUAGAAACACACUUGCAUUAUAUUUUGUAGUUUUAUUUGAUGAGGAAGGAGCAUAUUAAAAAACAAACAAACCCACAGACUUGGGCUGGAUACAGACCCUCCCACUUGGCAUCAUUCAUAGGAAGUUGCUGCCCAGUUGCUGGAUCUGUAAGGGCACUCUCGUCCCGGGAGCCUGUGCGGAUGGCCCCAUGGGCAGGCUGGGCCGUUUCUGAGCAGGAGGGACACAAGUGGUCCUUUUGUCCUACCUGCAGCAGUUGCUCCCUUGGUGUUUACAUUAGUCUAACAUCAACAGCCACCCUCACCCCAUUCAUCAAGAAAGACCCAGUGGUCUGAUGAUCAGAAAAUCUAAGUCCUGGCCUCAGUGUUGCAGCUAAGGAAGCUUUAACCUUAAUUAAAGCAAGUCUCUCUUUCCUCUCCUUGGGGCUCAGUUUUCUAGUUUGAAAACUGAUAGGUUUGGACCAGCCAGUCUGGAAGGUCUCUUUCAAUAUCGAUAUUCUGAGAUGCUACGACUUACUGUGGCAUCAAACACACAUACAGUGCACAUUCUGUGAGAUGUUGCUCCUGCUCGUUUUCUUUUUUUAAGUUGGGAGAUCUGAGAGACCAGCUUUGGCAAGAGCAGAUGUCAUUCCACAUCACCUUUCUCAAAGAAAAAGCCUCAUUCUGUCUUCUCUUAGAGCCCCUUCUCCAAUGUUUGUUAGCAGUCACAUCUCCUGAUGUAGCACUUAAGCUCCACUUAGUUUAUUAUUUCUUAGUUCACUUUGCACACAUUUGCAUCCACAUAUAAGGAUGAGGAAUCCACUAAGAAGUAGCUGAAAUGUGUGUUCUGUAUUCGUGUGUUAACAUUGAGAAUAAGCCUCUGGAAUUAGGAGUGGGGCGUGUGACUGAGCUUCUCUCACCCAUGGAUUACCCUUUACUGGAAGGGAUGAUCGUGCAGUAGAGGGGUAAAUGCAGGGGGGGGGCGGGGCGAAUCCAAGAAGUUUAGAGCCUAACUAUACCUUUUGGCUACUGAGACAGGAGUCCAUUAGAGCAGUGGUUGGACAUUUUCUUUAGAUAUGAUGGUUUAUAUGAAGAAACUAUAUAAAAGGAGGAAGAACAUGUAUUUAAAAGAUAAAAAGAAAUCAGUAGGAAUCUUCUCUGAACUUCUAGAAGGAAGGCUUUAAAAAGCUGCCUGGGUGAUUCAGUUGUUUAAAUGUCUGACCUCAGCUCAGGUCAUGAACUUGCAUUUUGUGGGUUUGAGCC